GAGUAUAGCCCCACACAUCGAUUCAGGCAGUCACGAUGAACCCAAUGGCAGAUAUCAAUGGGAACUUGGCUUCAGCCAUGAACCAUUUGUUCAAUUUCCCAGAGAAUAUCGAGAAAUUGAUGUUUUCAGAUCGGUCUGACUCGAAAGGCAUGACGAGCAUUCCUGUGGACAUCCUUGAUAGCCCUAAGGAGUAUAUAUUUUACAUGGAUGUCCCUGGUCUGUCCAAAACCGAUAUUCAGGUAACGGUGGAGGAUGAGCGAACACUGGUGAUCCGAAGUAAUGGGAAGAGAAAGCGUGAGGAUGGAGAGGAGGAAGGAUGCAAGUACAUAAAGUUGGAGCGGAGAGCUUCCCCUAAGUUCUUGAGGAAAUUCCGUCUCCCUGAGAAUUCAAACGUCUCUGCCAUCUCAGCCAAAUGUGAGAAUGGUGUCCUGACUGUGAUAGUGGAGAAACUGCCCCCACCACCCAAACCCAAGACCGUCGAGGUUGCCAUUUCCUGAGAAGAGAACACAGCACAGCCAGAGGAGAUAAGCAAG